AUGGCAUUUGGCGAUAGUCUACCCGCUGUGGGUGCGGUCUCCCUCGUGGGAGCUUAUUUACUGCAACGAACGGUUUUCGAAGGGACAGCAUUUCAAUCAAUAUAUUUCUACACAUUUCUGGUGACACUGUCAAUCCAAGGCUUUUACAGCAUCAUCAUAUGGCCACUGCUACUGAACCCACUACGGCAUUUGCCCAGAGUACCAGGUUCUGCAAGCCACGCAGCUCUCAUAUUCGACACCCCGCGAGGCAAAACACCUUUACUAUGGAUGAAGACCAUCCCUAACGAAGGUCUCAUCCAUAUGCGUGACAAUCUAAACCAAAGCUACCUCCUACCAACAAACCACCAAGCCUUGUUGGAUGUCAUGAGCACCAAUACGUAUGACUUUGAGAAACCAUGGCGCAUGCGCAACUUCCUAGCCCGCAUAAUCGGGUUCGGCAUGAUCACCUCCGAAGGCGCACACCACAAGAAACAACGCAAGGCAUUGACCCCCGCAUUCAACAUCAAGAACAUCCGUUCCAUGUACUCGCUCAUGUGGCACAAAACGGGGAUGUUACUCGACGAGCUAGAGAAAGAAGCCAAAGCGAACCCCAUGGAAGGAACCAGUCCCUCAGAAGGCGUUGGCAAGAUCGAGAUGGCAGAGUGGGCAAGCCGACUCACACUCGACAUCAUCGGUCCCGCCGCAAUGGGCCGCGACUUAAAUUCCCUUCAGAACAAGAAAAACAAAGUCGCCGAGAGUUUCGCCAGUAUCCUCGAACCAACGAAAGAGAAGAUGUUUUUCCUGGUCAUGAACUUCGCCCUCCCGCAGUGGAUGGCGAAGCGCGUGCCCUGGCGAAUGAAUAAGAUCCUCGAAACAGAGACUAAGUAUCUACGCAUGACCUGCAAUGAAAUCGUCCAAGAAAAGCGCGACCAGCUUGCAGAGUCGAAAGCCUCUGCUCAAGACCUCGAAGCUGAUAUCCUCGGCACGAUGAUGCUAGGCGGCGACUUCACGGAUACAGAACUAGUAGAUCAAAUGUUGACAUUCCUCGCAGCUGGCCACGAAACAACCGCCAGUGCCCUAACCUGGGCCUGCUACCUCCUGCACCAACACCCAACCUACCAAACACGCUUACGCGAUGAAAUCCGCUCCAAGAUCCCCACCGGCAACAGCCCAAUAACCCACACCGACCUAGAAUCCCUCCCUCUCCUCAACGGCGUCUGCCAAGAAGUCCUCCGCCUCUACCCAACAGUGCCGACCACGGUCCGAGAAGCAGUGCGCAACACCACCGUAGCAGGAAAAUACAUCCCCGUCGGCACCCGGAUAGUCCUCUGUCCGUGGGCGAUUAACCGGAGUCCGCUUUUCUGGGAACGAGGCGAGGAGUUCUACCCUGAGCGAUGGAUUGACGUCGAUAAGCACGGGAACAGCGUGCCGAACAAUAAUGGCAGGGCGGCUACGAACUAUGCACAGAUCACUUUCUUGCAUGGGCAGAGAAGUUGUAUUGGGAAGGAUUUUGCGAGGGCGGAGCUGAGGUGUGCGGUUGCUGGGGUUGUGGGGAGGUUUGGGUUUGAGAUGCAGGAUCCUAAUCAGAAGAUUACUGUUUCGGGGGCUGUUACGAUUAAGCCUGUUGAAGGGAUGAAUCUUGCUAUGAGGAGGAUUGAUGGGUGGUAG